AUUUUUUAUAAUUGUUAUUUUUUUACUUUGGUAGGCUUGGAUGAUUGCUUGCAGCAGUAUGUCCAUAAAUUUGAACGGGAGAAGAUAAAUGGUGAACAGCUGUUGCAGAUUUCCCAUCAGGAACUUGAAGAAUUGGGGAUCACACGAAUUGGACACCAGGAACUGGUUCUAGAGGCUGUGGAUCUGCUCUGUGCACUGAAUUAUGGCCUUGAAACGGACAAUAUGAAGAACUUGGUUCUCAAGUUACGAGCUUCUUCCAACAAUCUGCAGAAUUAUAUCAUUAGUCGGAGGAAAAGUUCAAAUUAUGAUGGAAAUACCUCACGCAAACCCCCCAAUGAAUUCCUCACUUCAGUGGUAGAGCUCAUUGGUGCUGCUAAGGCUUUACUAGCCUGGCUGGACAGGACCCCAUUUACAGGAAUUGCUGAUUUCUCAUCAACAAAGAACAGAAUCAUUCAGCUUUGCUUGGAUCUCACCACCACUGUUCAGAAGGACUGCGUUGUUGCUGAAAUGGAAGAUAAAGUUCUGCAUGUGUCCAAGUCUUUAAAUGGAAUUUGUGAUAAGAUGAUAAGAUCAACUACAGAUCCAUUGAUGAGCCAGUGUGCAUGUUUGGAGGAGGUUCAUUUAACCAACAUUAAACCUGGGGAAGGCCUGGGAAUGUACAUCAAAUCAACUUAUGAUGGAUUGCAUGUAAUUACUGGAACUACAGAAAAUUCUCCUGCUGAUCGAUCUCAGAAGAUUCAUGCUGGUGAUGAAGUGAUCCAGGUUAAUCGGCAGACUGUUGUGGGAUGGCAGCUUAAAAACCUUGUGGGAAAGUUGCGGGAGAAUCCUACUGGUGUUAAACUGCUCCUUAAGAAACGUCCCACGGGCUCUUUUAAUUUUACUCCUGCUCCACUGAAGAAUCUACGCUGGAAACCACCACUUGUACAGACAAGUCCUCCUCCAACUACAACCCAGUCACCAGAAAGCACCAUGGAUACCUCACUGAAGAAAGAGAAGUCAGCCAUUUUGGACCUUUAUAUACCUCCCCCACCAACUGUUCCAUAUUCUCCUCGGGAAGAGAAGGGGAGUAAUGUUUACAGAGGAAGCAGUAAACCCAAUAAGCUGCUACCUGGUUCCAAGGGUGCAGAAUCUCCCAACUCUUUUCUCGAUCAGGAGAGUCGAAGGCGAAGGUUUACUAUAGCUGAUUCUGAUCAGCUGCCUGGGUACCCCAUGGAAGCAAAUAUACCACGGACAAAGAUGAGGGAAAAAACACCAUCCUAUGGCAAACCCCGCCCUCUAUCAAUGCCUGCAGAUGGGAGCUGGGUUGGAGCUGCAGAUCCCUUUUCUAGGUGUCGAGCACCAGGGAGAAAAGGUGAAGACGUCCUCUGCAGGUACUUCAGUAAUGAGAGAAUACCACCAAUCAUUGAAGAAAGUUCUGCCACCCAGCAUCCAUUUUCAAAGCCUGUGGCUGACAAGCAGUUAAUAAGGGGUGCUGACUACAUCAGAGGCAGCAGGUGCUUUGUAAAUGCAGAUCUUCACAACAGCGCAACCAUUCCUUUUCAGGAGGAAGGAGCUAAAAAAGCUUCUGUUAUGUCACCUACAAAAUCUUCCUCCACAGAGCCCUCGCUACUGGUCAGUUGGAUUACAAGACUUAAACUGUUGACUCAUUGAUUAUUGUUAAUGGACUACGCUCAUCUGUUACCAAGUGCCUUCACUCCUCAGAGUUUUCUGCUUUUUAGCUCCAGUAUUAUGUAGUGACUGGUGUGAUGCUCUUUUUCUGGAGAGCACUACACGUCUCCUCUUCUCUGUGAUUUUUGAUGGCUCUAAUUUACUGGAUCAGAAAGGGUUUGAUCACAUGAAGAGGAAAAAUAAAGAUCUUGUUUCUCUACCUGCCCCAGAAUUGAGGGAAUUUAGCUGUUGGAAAUGUAAGGCUUCAGUGAUUUCAGAGGCCACAUCUGACCUGAAAUCUGUAUGACCUUUGCAGAAGCAAUCAUUGCAUUACAAUGAGGUUCAGUAGCACUUCAGUUACUAGAAUGCUUUGAUGCUUUUCAGACUCCUGGUGUGCAGAAUAUGUAGGCUGAGCAAAAAUCCUGAGCUGCUCUCCUAACCAGGAAAGCCAAGAGGGGAGAAAAAACUUUUGUACAACGAUGUGGGGCUGUAGCAAGUCUUGCAGCAGCUUUAACUUUGUAAGGAAUAGACAGUAGCUUCUCUAUGUGCUCUCUGAUACCCAGGGAACUACAUUAGGAAUUUAUUAAAUCUGGUUUAUAAUCCAGUUACUGAGUUCGCUGUACAGGUAAAUUAGUGCUCUCUAUUGCAGUGGUUCUCAACCUUUUCUGUACCAGGACCUAUUUGUAAACAUCAAUGGCCAGUCCUGACCCAGUGCCUCUC